AUGCCUGUGUCUGGGGGGCCCUUUUCUAUGGGCCCUGUGUCUCCCAACGUGGGAACGAGUGGAGGAUCUGAUCCCCAGCGAGGGGCCGUUCCUGGAGGCGGCGGGGGGCCCCUCGCGCGGCAUGUGAAGCGGAAGUUGGCGGGGCUGCUGGACGGCUGGCGGCGCGUUAAGAGUUUCCGGCUUUUUCUCGAGCCUGUAGACACAGAACAAAUGGAGUGCCCCACGUACUAUGAUGUCAUCAAACACCCCAUGGACCUACGCACUAUGGAGGCCAAGCUGGAGCGAGACGAAUACAGAAGCGAAGAGGCCUUCGUUGCCGACUUGCUGCUCAUAUUCCGCAACUGCCGCACAUUCAACGACGAAGCGACACCAGCGGGACAAUUUGUGCUGCGGCUUUGCGCGGAGGCGGAGGCGCGGAGCCUUGAGGACUUGAAGAAAGCAUGCAAAGACUCGAAGCUCUGGACUGCGCUUGAGCAGCAGUUCUCUCACGGAAAGCAGAAAGCGGGGGCGCGCCAGAAGAGCGGGGGGGCCUCAAAGCGGGCGGUUUCUGGGGUUCCCUCGGCUCCUGAGUCUGCGGCGCCUGCGGCAGCAGCAGCACCACCAGCAGCAACGGGGGUUGCCGCUUCUGCUACUGGCCGCCCAGGAGCAGCUGACCACCAUCCUCCCCCUCUGAGCUACGAUGGGGUGGGCAGAGACACCAUGGGGGCCUCUCCUGGGGCGCCUUGUAUGAACGGGCUCCCGUACAGCGGCUCGCCUGCCGCAGGAGAGGACGCAGCACCAGGAGCAGGAACAGACGAAGCAGCUGUGUCCGAGAAGCUUGAAGGGGGUCCCGCUGCUAGCGACAAAGUCUCUGAAACGACGCAGCAGCAGACGUCUAUCUCAGGUCUCCCGGAUGUUGUCUCUCCCCCCCGCAACCCGCUGACCCCUGCAGCAACCGGCAGCCAUAGAGGCCCGUUGCAGGCGAACUGGCAAGUUGAAGGGGGACCCGCCAUGGCUCAGGGCAUGCUGGACAUGGAAAACUGCCUUACGGGGAAGAGUUGGUACAUCUACUGCCGGGACAACAUCCUGAGACCUCUGAAGGGGGACCGCUACGCUUACUUGUUUCUAACGCCCGUCCUGGACAGCCCCGAGCUGCCCGAUGCGGUGAAGACUUCCUACAAGUCGGUCAUUGCAAGACCCAUGGAUUACGGCACUAUCUGGACCAAACUGACAGCCAGGGAUUACCAGCACCCUCUAGAGUUUUUUGAGGACAUGUUCCUGGUGUAUUCGAACUGCAUGGCUUUCAACCCCCCCAACGACCAGCAGUGCGGCUGGCUGCAUCGCGUCGCGGAGAGGAGCCGCGACAAGUUUGUAGAGAGGUGGCGCCGCUGGGUGGUGCGCAUAUGGCGUGCCUUCGCGCAGCACAACGCAGCAGCUGCGGCAGCGCCGUCGCCCGCGCUGCAGCAUGCCGAAGCAGCAAAGGCAGCAGCCGCAGUGGAAUCCGAACCUGCUAUUGCUGCAGGACUAGCUGCAGCCCGCGCCGAGCUUCUGGAUCGGCGACAAUCCCAUUCAGCAAUGCCUUUCCCGUUGCCGCAGCAGCAACUCCAGCAGCAAGCCGAGCACAGCCCUGCGCCCCUGCAACAUCCCCAACUGCAGCACCCGCCGGUGCAGCACCACCGUGGCCGCGAUGAGCCUCAGGACACCGUACCAAUGACAGCAAGUGCUGCUGCCGCAGCCAAGGAUCCGAAGUAUAGGGCCCUUGUCGUUGAUCUGCUGGGAGAGGACGCACUGGAAGAUGCAAGCAACAGUUCUUUAGAUAGGGGAGCUACAACUCAGGAGACACUGCAACAGCAGCUGCAACAGCUGCAGCAGCAGCAACAGUUGCUCCAGCAUGAGCACCUGCAGCUGCAGCAGCAGCAACUGGAGAUGCAAGAGAAAGAACAGGAGUUAGCUCGCGCGUCAGCAGCAGGGGAGGGCCCUAUUCAUUCCGAAAAUAUUGCUGGCAUGGGAUCUCUGGGCUCCUCUGAUGUGCAGCAACAAGAGCAGCAGCAGCAACAGCAGCUGCCAGUCAGUGACCCAGCUGGUGAGCAUUCUGCUGCUGUUGCUUCUCCGGGGGCACCUGCUGCAAGUUCUUCUGGAAGCGAUGCUCCUUUUGAGCUGCAAGGGGAUGCAGGAGCGGCUGAAGCAGGGGAUGGUGCUGUUGCAGCAGCAGAGGGAAAAAAACACAAGGGCAAGAAACAAAAACACCAUAAACAUAUGCACCGAAGUCAGCAGCAAUUGGUGCAGCAGGACGUGCACAAUGUACAGCUGGCGCAAGAGGCUUCUUCAGCCUUCCAGCAACCUGGUGUGUUGCAGACUAUCCAUCAAGCGGACUCAGCUGCUGCUCAGGGCUACAACGCUGCUGCAGGAACGGAUGAAGCAGCACCAACACCAGCAGCAACAGGAGCUGCUCCCUUCACAGCUGCUCCAGCAGGGACUCCACGCGUGGAUUCUCCGAGUAUUCCUCCUGGGCCCGCUGAACUGUCUUCUGCCUUGACGGAUGCCUUUCCUGCUACUGUCUCAACGCAACACGAUGCAGCAGCAGCGGCAGCAGCAGGAGCAGCCGCAGCUACGCCACCCGGAAAUGCUGCAGCUAGCUCUAUUCUGCCCGUUCCGUCCCUCGGAGAUUCGCCUCGACUCUGCGACAUCAUCGAGGCUCCCCCAGUUGAGAUUCUGAAGGCCAUGGGGGUCAAGGAUAUGUCUGCCCUUCCGGCUGCUGCAGCUCCUGCUGCUGCUGCUGCUCCAGUAUCUACUAGCCCUGCGGCUGUCCCGUUGGCUGCUGCUGAUGCAACUCUUACGGGGCUUCCGCCAGCGGCUGAUACUACUGCUGCAGUGUCUACAACAUGGCUAGCAGGGGGGACCCCCUCGCAACUGUCUGUUGCUCCAGGUGCUGCUGCUGUUGCAGCAGCACCCACAGCAGCAGCAGCAGGCGUCAGAGUCGCUGCUGGUGUUGAGCCCCCAUUGCUGCUACAGCCCGUUGAUGGGGUGAUUAGCGCCAUACAAAUGCAGCGUUCAGCAGGUUUGCACGACCUCCAGCAACAGCAGCAGCAGCUCCUGCUACAGCAGCAGGCAACCCGGGAGGACUUGCUCCCUCCCAAGCUUCGCAUAGUACUGGAAUCGGCACGGAGGAAGGGACCGCCUCCUCGACUGCUGCUGUUGCCUUGGAGAGGCAGAGGCACCGGCCCCAUCCCUGAAGGCUAUGCGGUAAGCGCUCCAGGACCAGUAGCAGCAGCAGAAGCAACAGCAGUAGGAGCAGCCGCAGUAUCACCAAUCACAGGUCAGCUCUGCAUUGCCUGCUAG